UGUGUGUUUUCCCACUUUGUAUGCUGUGUUACUACUUUAUUUUGGUUAGAGUCUCUGUGGUUUAAAUGACUGAUUUGUUUUUAUUUUGAGAGAUAGAACCAACUAAAUUCAUCAGAAGCUAUCACAGGUGAAAACAGUAAUAAACACAGAUCUCUGUAGAAUUGAGCUCAUUCACAUGAAUUAAAACGUUUUCCCGUGCUGUUACAGUUAUCAGAUAACACGUUAAAGGUGAGACGGGUGUGUGUUAAAGUCCAUGUGUUUCUGACGUGCAGGCUGUGUGACUGUACUGUAGCUGGUGUGUUUGGGGAGAGUGAGAGAGUGAACUGUAGGAGGUACAGCUCAUUAUCCUGGACUAACUCUCACCCCCCUCUCUUCUCUCUUCUCUUCAGUCCACCACUCAGCAGCACAGCCUAUCUAAAUUCACAAAUAUUUUGUACCAUAUUAUGUUCUAUGCAUUUUAUUUUAAACUGCUCAUUAUCUCAGUGCACACAUUGUAAAGAACAUCUGAAGCGGUUUAAUCUGGGACUAUCGAGGAGAGAAAUGUUCUGGCUGCAGUGUUCCUGUGUUCUGCUGCUCUGGAUUGCAGACUGUGUUAGCGGGAGACAUCCGAGCUGCCACUUCUGGUUUGAGCUGCAGUCAGCAGAGAGAGAAUGUCUGUCCAAGCUGGAGGGAAGUCUGGAGUCUGGAGGCUGCCCAGGCAUGUGGGACAACUUUUCCUGUUGGCACCAUGCAGAGGUGGGUGAAGUGGUCACCAAUUCCUGUCCAGAGGCUCUGAAAAACCUCUUUGGCCAAGAUGGGAACAUCAGCCGAACCUGUACAACUAAAGGCUGGUCAGACUCAUACCCCAGCUUAAACAGUGUCUGUUUUUCUGAAUCCAAACCCAACAAGCAGGUGUUUUACAUGGUGGUGAAGACGCUGUACACACUGGGACACAGUCUGUCUCUCAUCGCUCUCCUCACUGGCAGUGCCAUCCUGUGUCUUUUCAGGAAGCUCCACUGCACCAGGAACUACAUCCAUCUGAAUCUGUUCUUCUCCUUCAUCCUGAGAUCUGUAGCUGUGUUGACAAAGGACGCCAUUUUAUUUUCUCACAGUGAGAACACACAGUGUGACAAACAGCCCUCACUGAUUGGGUGUAAAGCCAGUCUGGUCAGUUUUCACUACUUCAUUAUGGCUAAUUUCUUCUGGCUGCUGGUGGAAGGUCUGUACCUUCACACUCUACUGAUGGUGAUCUUCUCCAAGAAUCACCACUUUCUCAUCUAUCUCUUUAUCGGAUGGGGAUUCCCGACAGUCUUCGUGACAGUGUGGAUAAUUUGUAGGAUUUAUCUGGAGGACACGGGAUGCUGGGAAAGAAAUGAAGCCAUGAUUCCUUGGAGGGUGAUCGACUGGCCAGUCAUGGCCUCUGUUAUAAUCAACUUCAUUCUGUUCAUCAGCAUCAUUCAGAUUCUGGUUCAGAAGCUGCGGUGCCCGGAUGUAGGGGGAAACGACCAGAGUCAGUACAGGAGGCUGGCGAAGUCAACGCUGUUGUUGAUUCCACUCUUUGGGGUUAAUUAUGUGGUGUUUGUAUACAUGAGAGAAGAGAGUCAAAAUGACAUAUUCAAAGACUAUAAAAUAUUCUUUGACCUUGGUCUUGGCUCUUUCCAGGGUCUGGUUGUUGCCAUUUUAUAUUGCUUUCUCAACAGUGAGGUCCAGAGUGAGCUAAAGAGGAAGUGGAGGAGUGUGUGUCUGAAGCGUUACAUCAAUCGAGACUACAGGCUGCACGGUUCAUCCAUCUCUAGAAACGGCAUGGACAACGUGGCACUUUUUCUUCGUAACUCUAGAGCUCAGUCAUUCCUACAGACCACUGAAACCACUGUGUGAGCCUGGACACUCUCUCUCUCUCUCUCUCUCACACACACACACACACCAGGACCAGCUGUACAGAAAACAGGACAUAGGAGGUCCAGUGCAAUUUUUUACAUAUAAGUUUAUUUGUGCCUUUGUUUUGUUAUGCAACGAUAAAUUGAAACUGGAUUUCUCAAGUUGUUUUCAAUUAUUUAUUCUAUGCCAAAUGUUGCUGUCUUCUCUUGUGCUGGACCUUUUUUGUAAUCCUUUUUGGGAGUCAUUUUGUAAUCAAUUACUUAAUUUAAAAUAAACAGAUUGAGGCAUGCAUGGGAUAUUGGUGUAUUUAACAAUGACAGAUUGAUAAUUAAAAAUAUAUUUUUAGGCCAAAUGUCAAAAACUAGGUGAUUAAUUGAAAAAUUAAACAUUAUUUGAAUAUUUAACAUGUUGCAGAGUGCACAUUAAUGGUAUCCACACAGUCUGUUCAUGUCACAUUCAAAUCACAGUAGAAAAAAAUUAUGAAAAAAAAAAUUCAUGAGCAGACUAAAAUGAUCAGUUUUGUUUUUUAAGUUUGCAUUGAAUAGUCUCUAAAAUAAUUAUCUAAAAAAAAGUGUCAUGCCAUAUUUUUUGCACACUUUAUACCUUUACCGCAAUGAGGUCAUAAAUGAUUUCAUGAUGAAGUCAUUCUGUGUUCCGACUUCCCACUUCCAAAGUAAAUUGAAUGCAGCACAUGUUUUAAGUUGAACACGAUAUUUCAGAACCCAUAUAUUUUGUUUUUCAUUUCUAGUGUUUUAAAAGAAGUAGGGUUAGAGUUAGGUUGAAUGCUGUCACAUACACAGAAAAACAGAUUCAAAUGUUUUAUUUCCAAACAUUUCUUAAUUAGUCCAGAACUAUGACUAUCAUAUUGUUUCUACCUGUUCAUUCUCUGAACAGAAUUAAAUUCAGUGAUUGUUCCUAACACAAAAUGUAAGAAAUGAAAAGCAAAAU